AUGGACCCCUUAAGCAUAUCGCUAGCAGUCAUCACACUUAUUGGUACCACGCAUAAAGUCAUUCGCUUCCUCAGCAAUGUCGAAAACGCGCCGCAAGAGAUGAGCGAAUGCCUGAUCGAGGUUACUUCAGCGUAUGCUCUCCUCAAUCAACUGAAAAACCGAUUAGAGGGAACAGACAAGAGCGCAUCCUGGUUCGACAAACUCAGUGCACUUCGGGUAGAGGGCGGCCCUUUCGACCAAUACACAACUGCUCUCGAACAGCUUCAGUCAAAGCUCGACCCCGCCCGAUCUGGUGUGAUACACCGAGUUGGAAAGGCGAUUGCAUGGCAGUUCAAAAAGAAGGAAUUAGAGGGGAUACUUGAAAAGCUUGAGCGUUUCAAGUCAUCAAUUCAGUUCAUUUUGGCAAAUAGUCACUUAGUAUCUAGCGAAUUGUCAUUAUCCAUCAAACAAGAUACUUCAGACAUAAAACAAACAACUCAGAAUUUCGAAAACAAAAAGGAGCGUGAAGAUCUGAUGAAAUGGCUCAACAAAAAUACAUUCGAUUACAGUGCGCUUCAAAACGAUAAGAUUAGAGACAGGAAGGAUGGAACCGGAAGCUGGUUUUUGACAUCUCCGGAAUUCGAAUCCUGGAAGACGAGCGAAAAUUGUUCCCUGAUCUGUCCUGGAAUUGCUGGAGCGGGAAAAACGAUCAUAAUAGCAAAAACUGUCCACCAUCUACGCGAAUCACAUCUUCCGAAUACCGGUGUUGCAGUCAUCUACUUUGACUACAAGAUGGCCGCAGACCAAAAACCGUCAAAGUUGCUUGCCUCUGUUGCACUGCAGCUCAUCACAACUCUCGAAACCCUUCCGGACUGUGUAAACGAUUUCUUUAAAAAACACAAGGGAUCGGCACCUUCUUGGGAAGAUUACCAGAACCUCAUUCAAGCGCUUGUUCCCGUCUUCAAUGACGUCUACCUUAUGGUCGACGCUUUCGAUGAAUUCUUUUCUGAUACUGAGGACCGCGAACAGUUCCUUGACUGUAUUCGUGCCAUCCAGAGUCAAUCACGUCUAAAGACGAUGGUUACUUCUCGACCUGGUUUCGUUCUCGAAAAAGAUUUCAACCAUAGUCAUUCGAUCGAAAUCCGAGCCUCGGACGCUGACAUGGAGGCAUACCUUGAGCAGAGGAAACGUUCUUGUUCAACCUGUGUUAAAAAUGACAAGACCUGGCCGAGUGUUCGUAACAACAUCAUCAAGGCUGCAGAUGGCAUGUUAGUAUCUCAACUUUGCGUCAGUUCUACAUUUGCCCCUAAAUUACAUACUCACCUAUAUCAAUCCGCACAUUCUCUAAGAAGUUUCAUUUUGUUUAGUUUUUUAUUUGGAUUCUGA